AAGUAGUGGGAUUUAUUGCUUGUGUCAUUGUGUCCCACAUAUAGAUUUGGUUUUAUUUUGGGGUUUUCAGUUUUUAUCUGUACUUGCUUUUCCCCCCUUUUGGGGCUAUCUGAGAGUAUAUAUAUAUUUAUGUGGAUAUAGAUUGUUUUUUCUUUUUAGGUUGUUCGCUCAGCCUGUGGCUAUCAGGUGGUUAAUUCGGCGCCUUCCCUCUCUUGUUGCGGGGCGCUUUUCAUUUGCAUCUCCCCCUUGUUCUGCCGUUCCGUGCCUUCUCGGUUCCCCCCCUUUGUCGGACGGUCCUUUUUUCCCGCCGCCACUUACCUCCGUGCGGCUGCAGCGGUUCUCUCUUUCAUCCUUGCAGGCGCGCCCGAGAUCUCGCGAGAUCUCGGGCGGCUGCCGCUUCCGCUUUGUGUCUGUACCGCUCGGAGCUACCUGCGCCUCGGUCCGUCCCUCGGCUCGGUUUUUUUCCAGGUUUCUUCUCCUUACUGGCUUGGGGCAAAUCCCCAUUGCCAGCAUAUUAACCCUCACUCCCCCAUCACCAGCACAUUAACCCUACGACAGCAUAAUUAACUCAGAGCUGGUUCAGGGUUAUAUAUACUAUAUAUAUUAGUCAGCAGUUCGUCAGCCAUAUCUGCCAGCAGGUCAACAUGCCUAAGACUGUGCAUAGUGGGCAGGGCCCUGCAGCAGAGGAUGUUCCUCUAGUUGAAUUAACCCCUUCGGGGGAGGAUGGUCAUGCUCUGACCCCUUGUGAUCAAUCUAUUGAUUUUCAGGCGUCACUGUCUAGCGCCAUUGCUGCUGCCAUGGGAUCUAUGACUUCGGUCAUUUCCCAAACGAUUGCCCAGGCCCUUGCUGCCCAUCCCGCUACCUCCCAAACCCCAAAGCCCGUCAUGGUGUCCGCACCCACCGGGCCGGGGCCAUCUGCCUCCAGAAAGAGAAAUAAAGGUGAUGAUGUUUCCACCAAUGUUGGCGCGCCUGGUCCGCGCAAGAGAGCCUGUACGCGUCGGGCAGAACGCACGCGCAACUGGAAAAGUGCUAGAGCACUGCAGGAAUUGGAUUCCGACUCUGAAAUCGGAUCCGAGGAGGAGGCUAUUGAUGACGCCUUUGAGGAGGCAGAGGAGGACCCAUCAGGGGUCAUGGAUGAUAACCCCCUUCCCGGGUGUAGCUCCCUUAUGUCUGCUGCAGAAGGUAUGCCUGCACCUUUGACGGAUCCCUCUGGGGAACCAUUGUUCGACCCAGAUUCGCUCCACCACCCCCGCUCGGCUGAGUGGUUACCGUUGGAGCACGUCUCCAAAUAUUUGGAGGCUAGAGUGCGAUGUCCUCUUUCCAAAGAGGCUCGCAAUAAGCUUAGGGCGGAAUGCCCCAGACCCGUCAUCCCUAACAGGGUAUGCGAGACUCCGGCGGUCGACCCCAAAAUGACGCAGUUCCUCGCCAAAUCUGGUUGGAACCCGCGUAGGGGUCUGGAGUCGGCGCUAAGAUCCUGCCAGGAUAAACUCCUGGACAUAUUUGGCCCGCUGGCUAAACUAUUUGACCUGGCGGAGGUGGCAAAAGCCGAGAACAAACAGGUUGAUCCACUAGAAUUACGCGAAUGGGUACAAAGGGCCAUUUGCGUAGCAGGGAACGUGAAUACGUCCUUGGCUAUAGAGAGGCGAAAGGCCAUCCUUUUCAAAAUUGAGCCAAAAUUGUCAAACCUGGCUCUUACGGAAGCUGGUAAGGAGGCCCAGGGCCUUUUAUUUGGAGAACAUUUCAUUAAGGACCUAGGGAGGUUUGUGGGGGCUUUCACGGCCUUAGACAAGGCCCAGUCCUCCAUGAAGCGAGUUUUUCACGGUAGGGUCUCUACCAGGGCCGGCAGCUUCAGGGGCCGCCUGUCCGGCCGUGCCCAAUUUCAGUCCCGUGGUUCGGGCCGAGGCUCCUACUCCCAGAGGUCUUCAUUCCAGGAGCACAGACGAGAACAGUCUUCGUUCUUCCCUUCACGAGGAAGCUCCUGGCGUCCGAGAGGAUAUCGAGGAAAUCCGUCUUCUAGACGUCCCUACGGUUGAGAUCGGUCAGUUCCGUGGUGUCCUUUGUUCUACGUCCUGGUUCGGAGGGUCGGCAGUUCGGUUCCAGCCGGUCAUGUGACGUGGACAGCUUCAGGAGGUUCUUCAAGGUCGUUCCUGGUGUUCCUGUUUGCUUCCGGAUGGAUGGCGCUUUUGUUCCCCGGCUGUUCCGGUUCCUGGUUGGCGGUUCGGUUGGACUGUUCGGUUCGGAUUUACAAAGAAAGUGGAGGAUUUGCAGGCGGUGUGGCCUGUUAUAGAGAGACUAUGGGGAGGGGCUGAUGACAUGUUUCAAUAUUUUUAUUUGUUCUUUGCUGCUAUUGGUCAGAGUAAAGAAGGAGAAUAGCAA